AUAACACUAGUUAAUUUCUACAAAGUGACCAUUUAUUUCAAGCUGAAGCUUUUCAAAUCAUUAUACAUUUCACAACAGUGAAUAAAUUGUCUUCUAACUAUACACUGAUUGAUCACUGAUGGGUAACCAACUUCAUUUUCUUUAGUCCUAAGUGUUGUUAUGAUUUUAUCAAUCAUUUUACAAACUGGUCACUAGUCGAUGAAACCCACCCUUACAAUGCACUGGCUAGAUCACUGGAAUUUAAUCAAUACUGAGGACUAAAGUUGGUUCCACUCCAAUGACUAAUCAAUUUACUACAUGUUAUCUUAAAAGAGGUCAAUCCCCGCCCUAAUGGCUCACUGGUAACAUCUCUGACCACAAGACUGGUUGACGCGAUUUUGAAUCGCAGGCGGAAUAUCAGUUCCCACAAGUUUGCAGAAACACCUUGCAAAUGAAUGCCAAAUAUCAUGAAAUCUAGGUCACAAAGGUCUUCCUACUGAUUUGAUCCGUCUAGCUAAUACAUUAACUUUGUUCCACAGACAUACUGUGCGUUUCAUUUCUUUUUCCUAUCACUUACUAUACAUUAUACAAAUGAUGUAGAAACGAAACCCAAACAACCAGUAACGGAAAUAAAUUUUAACCACAGAAGCUAAAAGAAAGUGACACAAUCCUACUCUGUUGCUUCAAUGAACUACCCAGGAUCCUUUUGAAUAUCUAAUUAAUCUUUGUGUUAGUAAACUUUUCUUUUCUUCACUGUGUUAUCUUCGUUGGUGUAACUGGUACCUUGUAAAUGAAUUUCAGCUUUAUCUUUGGAAAUAUCUAUGUGUACAUCUUCAAUCUUCUCAUCAUUACUUCUAUGGGUUAUAUCAAAUGACCAACAACAAUUACGUUAAUAUUGGGAAGUGUACUGCUAUUUUUAUGUCUAUGAAGAGAAGUUCAGGGAUGUUAACAUACAAAAUUAUUUCCUUCAUCUAACUGAUGGGUAUUUGUUAGCUACUUGACUGAAUUCACUGCUGAGAUAUAAUCUUUUUUUCUUACCUAAUUAAUCUAGAGUCAAUCAAAUAAUCAGGAAGGAGAAUGGCCAAGUUUUGAUGUCCUAUCAGCUUUAGAUGAUCAAAAGAAGAUAGACAAAAUGGUAGUGAAAUCCAUCGACGACGAAGAUGAAGAAAUUAACGACGAAGAGGAUCUUGGAAAGGGGAGUGAAUACAGUUGGAAUGAUACAUUUUACAUUACUGAUAAGUAUAUCAAGCAUAUAUUAGAAAAGUAUAGAAUAACUACAAAACGAAAAUCUAUCAGUAACAGUUUGCCUAAUGGUGUAGAUAAACUACCAGAUGGGAAUCUUCAUAUUUUCACAGAAAAUGUAUCCAAAAUUACUGGAAAGUAUUUUUGUGUUGCUGAAAAUUUGAUUGGUCGCAUUAUGACACUAGUGGAAUUGAAGCAGAACUUUACAACAAGAUUAUUGAGUCAGACUGAUAAUACGAUUGUCUUAAAUGUUAAACCCUUUAUAUAUUCUGCAGUUUUGUCAUGGAAAUUUGAACAACAGCUGUCUACUUUCAAUUUACUAAAUUAUGUUAACACUGUUAACAGUCAGUGCUAUUACAUAACAUACCAUCUAUCUGUUAGAUCAGAUGAAGAUUGGAUUGCAACGGUUGUACACCAGGAACACAUCAACAGAAUACGAAUCACUGGACUACUUCCAAAUGAACUUUAUGCCUUUCGAAUAAUUCAUUGGUGCAAUCCAUUGAAUCAUAGUUAUUCAAGUAGUUCAACAGUGUUAAUAAAAACUAGUGUACCAUUAAAAAGGGGUCCUGAAUCAAUUUUAAGGUUUCCUAGACCAUCAGCACCUUAUUCGCUACGUUUACAGAUAAUCCAAGCAGAAAAACAUGAAAGUAUUCUAACAUGGAAAGUUCAAGAUAAUCUUCAAUUUUCAACUGCUGAGUUAACUAGUCAACAGGUUAAAAACAUUAGAAGUGCACCAAUUUUAUAUUUUCAAGUUGAAUUCACUUUCUGUACAUAUAUCAAUCCUCAUUUAUAUGAAGUGACUAAUUGCUCUGAUAGAGGUAAUCAUUUUUAUACCUGGGAAUCAUUGGCACCAAUUCGUUAUCCUAAAUUUGUAUUUGAAAUGAACAACAAUAAUAAAGUAUUAGAAUUGACAGACGUUAUGAAUCUGUAUGACAAUAUAAAUUAUAGUACUGAAGAUGAUUCAAUCAAAAUAGCAAUUGAACAUAUUCAUCAUGCUUCACGUCUAACUAAUUCACUUUAUUAUUCUUCGAUAUAUGAAUUGAGAUUUCGUAUACGAUCGUUUAGUUUAAUGUCAGUGAGUGAACCGUCCAAUGAGCUGAUAAUCAAGCAUCCACUACUACCCUCAGUUUUAAAUGCACUCAAUCAGACACUUCAACAUGAACAUUAUCUUAUAUACAAAAUAAUUCAUCAAAUCAAGCAUGAAUCUAUUCAUCGACAUAGUCAACAUGAUUCUUCUAUCCUAUUGAAUAGUAGUAAAUGUAAAAUGUUACAAAACAAUACACUAUUAUUCGAUAAUACUUACUUAAGAUAUAAACAAAUUCAAAUGUAUUGGUAUAUUUGUUGCAUAGUAAUGAUUUUAGGAAUUGUUGUUCUGUUAUUACUUUGUUGUUUAAUACCACGUAAAAUAUACCGACAAUGUAAACAAAACUCAUUAAAACAGAAGCAGAUAAACACUGAUACUAUAAGUACAUUACCAGAAUAUCCAUUAGUAUCGAAUUCAAAUCAUCUGCCACGAAAACAUUUAGUAAGUUAUACAUCUAAUGAAAAUGUCUUUAAUAAUCAUUGUCAAAUCAAUGAUACAACAUUUUUAUCCUGUUCACCGAAUUAUUUAUGGACUAAUUCAGAGUAUAUAGUCAAUAAGAUUCAAGAAAAAAGAAGACCAGAUAUUGUCAACACUUGUGAUACCUGCAUUAUUCAUAGUUAUUAUAAAAAUAAUGAUGAAGAUACACAUCAAUAUACGAAACAAUUAUGCGACGAAAAAAACUCGUUUCAUACUGUUGUAAAUAGCCCAAUGGUUUGUUUAACAAAAUCAACAGAUGAAGGUUGUGGUCAAAUCUACUUCUUGCUGCCCACUUAUAAUAAUGAUAAUAAUAACAAUAAUAUGGGAUGCUCUUCACCUAACACAUUAUGUAAGCAACAGAUGAAUAUUAUUCAACAUCCUAAUGUAUAUAAUUCUUGGAAUAGAAAAGAAAUACGAGAUGCAAUUGAUGAACAUUCCAAAGGUAACAACCGUGUUGCAUUGAUGCCGACCUUACUGAGAGCGGAUCAUUUCAAUUCCACUGAACAGUCAUUAACCAAAAAUUCUUUAGACGAACAAAAUAGCAUAUCAUCAUGUAAAUGUGUACAGUCAACAUAUUCAACAAUGUAUCCAUCAUAUUUAAAGUGUGUAUCAACGGAAUCAACUGAUACAUCGUUAAAAUGCUCACAUAAUACAACAUUUCAAAAAUUUUAUUGUACAGAACAAAAAUAACAAAUUACUUACAGAUUAUCAAACUGUCUGGCAACAUCAUCAGAGUAAAUAACACUUGUUACAACCAACAAAUAGAUCUCCUUACACAUGAAUUUAUUGUACAAGUAUAUCUAUUGAACACAGUUUUUUCAUGCUCAAUAAUGAGGAUGUUUCCUCAUUUAUUUCCCAUUGUUCUCCUACAUAAAUAUUUUUUUUUAAUGGUUUCCUUUGUAAAAUAUUAUCAUGACCAGAUUUCUAUAGUUUAUUUCUAAUG